AUGUGCUUGUUGGUUGAUGAGGACGACAAACUGGACGUGGAGGAAAGGGCAGCAGUGAUCGUUGUGAACGAGCCACUAAUUCCUGAACUAGAUGCAGAUGAAGAACUUGUAGAUGAGGCGGUGGUGGUAGGCAGGUUCGGCAAGCUGGACGGGCUAGAGGAGCUAGACAAACUAGACGAGCUAGAUGAGCUAGACACGCCAGACGAGCUGGACAAGCCAACAGUGCUAGAGGUUGCCGUGGUGGGGCUUGGAACGACAGAGCUGGAGGAUGUGCUUGACCCUGUAGACGAGCUAGGGCCGGUACUUGAGGACACCACUGAGGAGCUAGGGCCGGUACUUGAGGACACCACUGAGGAUAUGCUGGAUGACUGGCUCGAGACAGACGAGCUUCUUGCCGAGGAAGUCGACGAUGCAGAAGAGCUGCUUGACUGUGACAUAGCGCUGCUGCUGGUCGUGGCGAUGAAGCCACUGACACUGCUUGAUGGUGUCGAAGAUAGUGCCAGGCUCGGAGAUGAUGAUGAAGAGCUGACAGAUGACAAAGCUGGACUAGCACUAGAGGAAAUGCUAGAUACAGAGCUUGAAGCAACGCUUGAUAUUGAGCUCGCCGAGGACGAUGCAAUGCUAGACGUCGAGCUUGAUGAACUAGUAGAUGAAGAGCUCAAGCUUGAUAAGCUCAAACUCGAUAAAGACAAGGAUGAACUCAGCCACGAUGAAGAUGAGGAUGAGCUCAAACUCGAUGAGGCUAAACUCGAGCUCGACGACAAAGAGCUAGAGAUUGAUGAUAGCGAUGAUGAGCUCGAACUCGGAAGACUCAUAACCGAAGAACUUGUCGUUGAGGAUGAGGAACUCAGGCUUGACGUCAAAGCUGUAGAGCUCAGGCUUGUUGUCGAAGAUGAAGAGCUUGUGCUUGACGUCGAAGAGGAAAGACUUGAGCUCGACGUCAAAAAUGUAGAACUCAGGCUUGACGUCGAAGACGAAGAAAUCGGGCUCGAUGAAGAAGAGCUAGACGAGGAGCUCAAGCUCGACGAAAGAGAACUUGAACUUGACGACAAGGAGCUAGAGAUCGAAGAACUUGACGUCGCAGAUGUAGAACUCAAGCUUGACGUCGGAGAUGGAGAACUCUGGCUUGAGGUCAAAGACGACGAACUCUGGCUUGACGACGAAGAUGAGGAACUCAAACUUGACGACAACGAACUUGACGACAACGAACUUGACGACAACGAACUUGACGACAACGAACUUGACGACAACGAACUUGACGACAACGAACUUGACGACAACGAACUGGACGGAGAGCUCAGAGUCGAUGAAAGUGAGCUCAAGCUUGACGAUAUGGAGCUCGAGCUUGAAGAUAGAGAGCUUGAGCUUGAAGACAAGGAGCUCGAGGUCGAAGACAAGCUUGAUGAGCUCGAAGUUAACAGACUUAGAGUCGAAGUUGACGUCGAAGAGACACUCGGGCUUGACGACAACGAGCUGGAAGAAGAACUCAGGCUCGAUGAGCUCGAAGUUAAGAGAUUUCCAGUCGACGUAGUCGAUGUCGAAAACGAAGAAGUCAGGCUCGAACUCGAUGUCGAAGAUGUAGAACUUGUAGAACUUUGGCUCGGCGUUGGAGAUACAAAACUCAGACUUGACGACAAUGAGCUAGACGAGGAACUCAGGCUCGACGAAAGCGAGCUCAAGCUUGACGAUAUGGAACUUGAGCUUGAAGACAGAGAGCUAGAAUUCGGAGACAAGCUUGACGAGCUCGAAGUUGAGAGACUUCCAGACGAGAUAGUCGAUGUCGAGGACGAAGGACUCAGACUCAGACUCGAUGCCGAAGAUGUGGAACUUUGGCUGGGCGUCGAAGAUACAGAACUCAGACUUGACGACGAAGAUGAGGAACUCAGACUUGACGAAAGAGAGCUCAAGCUUGACGAUAUGGAGCUUAAACUUGAAGACAAGCUUGAUGAGCUCGAAGUUAACAGACUUAGAGUCAAAGUUGACGUCGAAGAGACACUCGGGCUUGACGAUAAUGAGCUAGACGAGGAACUCAGGCUUGACGAAAGCGAGCUCAAGCUUGACGACAUGGAACUCGAGCUUGAAGACAGAGAGCUAGAGGUCGAGGACAGGCUUGAUGAGCUCGAAGUUGAGAGACUUCCAGUCGAGGUAGGCGAUGUCGAUGUCGAAGACGAAAGACUCGGGCUUGCUGAUGAAGAUGUGGAACUUACACUUGACGAUAAUGAGCUAGACAGGCUUGACGAAAGAGAGCUUAAGCUUGACGAUAUGGAGCUUGAACUUGAAGACAGAGAGCUAGAGGUCGAGGAUAGGCUUGAUGAGCUUGAAGACAGGAAACUCGAACUCGAACUCGAACUCGAAGACGAGGAGCUGGAGCUUGAUGACAGGCUUAAUGAGCUCGAAGUCGAGGAACCCAGGCUCGAAGUAGUCGAUGUCAAAAAGGACGAAGAACUCAGGCUAGAAGUAGACGGGCUAGAAGAAACCGAUGUCGUAGUCUGUGUCGUCGCAGUCGUAAGGGUUGUUACGGUCGUCGCAGUCGUGAGAGUCGUCACGGUCGUCGCCGUGGUGGCAGUUGUAGGCGUUGUAGCUGUAGUGGGUGUAGCGAGGACGAAGCUUGAUGAUGACGAUCCGCUUGAACUAGCGCUACUGGAAGACGAGCUUGAAACCGAGCUUGAAGACGAGCUAGAAGACGGACUUGAAGACGAGCUAGAAAGCGAGCUGGAUGACGAGCUAGAAACAGAGCUUGAAGACGAGCUUGAAGUGGGUGUAGCGAGCACAGAACUUGAUGAUGACGACGACCCGCUUGAGCUAACGCUACUAGAAGACGAGCUAGAAAGCGAGCUGGAUGACGAGCUAGAAACUGAACUUGAAGACGAGCUAGAAAACGAGCUUGAAGAGCUUGAAGACGAGCUUGAAGAUGAACUGGAAGACGAACUGCUGCUAGAUGACGAGCUGCUUUUUGAUGAUGAAGUGGACGGGGUGGUGGAAGAGGAUGUAGACGUGAUGCUUGAUGAUGUGGAGGAAACAGGGGAAGAAGUGGAGCUCACCGAACUGGAACUAGAAGAAGAACCCGAGCUGGAAGAAGGAGUCGAAGUUGACACACUAGUGGUUGUAGAGCUGACUGCGGUAGCUGUGGCUUGA